AUUCACAGUGGGACGGUGAAGAUGAUGUCCGACGCCAGCGAGAUGUUGGCAGCCGCCUUGGAGCAAAUGGAUGGGAUCAUAGCAGGUAACGCUAUGUUAAUACGAAAUUGUAAUUCUUUUGCACUAUGGCCUAUUUAUUUAUUGCCUUACCUCCAUAACUUACUGCAUUUGCACAGCACACACUGUAUAUAGAUUUUCUAUUGUGUUUUUGACCGUACGUUUUUUGUUUAUCCCAUAUGUAACUCUGUGUUGUUGUUUUUAUCGCACUGCUUUGCUUUAUCUUGGCCAGGUCGCAGUUGUAAAUGAGAACUUGUUCUCAACUGGCUUACCUGGUUAAAUAAAGGUGAAAUCAAAUAAAUAAAACAUGCAAAACUCACUCACAUUUUGAACUGUGGGGCUGAUCCCCUCAAAUAUUGACAUAAAACACACCGCCUCUUAAAUAAGCCCCUGAUAUCUACCCUCGGGACUAGGGUUCCCAUGCUGCUGGUCUUAACAUGUGGCUGUGGUACUGGUCUGGGAUGUUUCCCAGUGCAGUCCUCCAAAAAUGAGAAAGCAAGACUUUCCAUUGUUUCAGCAGUGAUGGAAACGAAUGAUUAUUCAAGGCAUACUGCUAAGAUGAUUUACAGGCAUUGCAUGCCUCAUCCAUGGCCUGAAGGAGGGUGGCACGCCCAUGGGGAUGGCAAUCCUACAUCUUCACCUGUAUUGUAAUCGUGUAUUGUUUUGUACGUGUUUAUUUUGGUGGUCAUGUACGUGGCUCAGUUCAUAAGAGCAUGGCACUAGCAACACCAGAGUUGUGGGUUUCGAUUCCCACUGGGGCCACAUACCGAAAUGUGUGGACUGUAUUCACUUUGGAUAAAAUUGUCUGCUACGUAAAUGUCACCUAUUACAGUACUAUAUUGGCAUAUAUUACAGUAUUAUAGUACUGUAUUGGCAUAUAUUACAGUAUUAUAGUACUGUAUUGGCAUAUAUUACGGUAUUACAGUACUUUAUUGGCCGAUGCCAUUUUUGUAAAGCAGUGUGACCCCCAGCAACACAAUUUUGGAUACAUGUUUACUGUAUAGGGGAUGCAUUUCUUUAUUGUUUUGGACUUUCUGGAUUAUUUUCAUAUUGAUAUUGUAUUACUGCAAUGUAGGGGCUAGAAACACAAGCAUUUCCACUGCACCUGCUGUAACAUCUGCUAAUCUGUGUACAUAACCAUUUAACUUGAAUUUGUUACAAACAUUCUGUAGUUGACAAACUAUGUAAAACCUAUAGCUUUACCAAACUUUUAAGUGGUCAUCAAUUAAGAACAGUCGGACUAAGUAAUAGUAAAAUGUAUUUUAACCAAAUAGAAGAGAAUCAUAUCAAAAGUAAUGUGAGCAUUGCAUUGUGAAAGGCAAUAACUUUAUAUGAACAUGAAUUGCAAUAUGAAACACUGAUUUUAAGUUUGGUGAAAAACUGACUGAUAUUGUGUCUUGUACUUAGUCAAUUGAAAAUGUGGUUAGUUUUGAAACCACUGCCUUUUUGAUGAUCUCUUUUGAGUUUUGAAAAUGUACCACAUAUUUCUGAAAAUAACACAAAAGCAAUAAAAAAAACCCAGUGAAAGUCAGACACCAGAGGGAAGUUUUGUUCCUAUGACUUUUUGGUGACAGAUGAGCAGAGGGGUCCACUUUAAGAGCCCAGGCCUUUCCACUGACUUGUGUAAUUUAUAGAAUUGACCUUUCCAAGAAGGAUGGCUGAUCACAUGACAUCCUCUAGCCCCCGUUACCACAGAAACCACAGCAUUCAAAAUCCCUGGCUGCCUUUUGGGGAAGACUUGUAUAUUUAUUUAUCCCUCUAUUUUUCUGUUCUACAUUUCUAUGAAGGUUGACCUUUUGGAGCUGGUUGACAGAUGCUGUCUAGCAGAUUAUAGUACACACUGGAAACAGGGCUUUUCCAAGUCCAACAAAUAAGCUUAUUCUCAGGCCUCUUGCACCCAAACAUUUGUUUUAUAGAUAUCUAAUCUGUUUUUCUUUGCUUUUAGAAUGUGUGGUAUGUGAUUUUUCAGGACACAUUCAGAAAUCCACAUCUGCAGCGCAUCACAUUGGUCAAUGAUAUCCCACCUGGUGAUAUCGCCUUUCAUCCUCCUUGUUGAAGGGAAUUAGGAGAGGAUGGGAGAGGUUCAAACUUCUAACCACAGGGAUAAAACUAUAGAUGUACUGCGCAUUCGGAAAGUGUUCAGACCCCUUGACCUUUUCCACAUUUUGUGACGUUACGGCCUUAUUCUAAGAUUGAUUAAAACAUCAUCAAUCUAUACACAAUACCCCAUAAUGACAAAGCAAAAAUAGGUUUUUGGAAAGUUUUGCAAAUGUAUUUGAAAUAAAAAAACAGAUACCUUAUUUACAUAAGUAUUCAGACCCUUUGCUAUGAGACCUGAAAUUGAGCUCAGGUGCAUCCUGUUUCCAUUGAUCAUCCUUGAUGUUUCUACAGCUUGAUUGGAGUCCACCUGUGGUAAAUUCAAUUGAUUGGACAUGAUUUGGAAAGGCACACACCUGUGUAUAUAAGGUCCCACAGUUGACAGUGCAUGUCAGAUCAAAAACCAAGUCAUGAGGUUGAAGGAAUUGUCCAUAGAGCUCUGAGACAGGAUUGUGUGAAGGCACAGCUCUGGGGAAGGGUACCAAAACAUUUCUGCAGCAUUGAAGGUCCCCAAGAACACAGUGGCCUCCAUCAUUCUUAAAUGGAAGAAGUUUGGAACCACCAAGACUUUUCCUAGAGCUGGCCACCCGGCCAAACUGAGCAAUCUGGGGAGAAGGGCCUGGGUCAGGGAGGUGACCAAGAACCCGAUGGUCACAUUGAGAGAGCUCCAGAGUUCCUCUGUGGAGAUGGGAGAACCUUCCAGAAGGACAACCAUCUGUGCAGCACUCCACCAAUCAGGCCUUUAUGGUCGAGUGGCCAGACGGAAGCCACUCCUCAGUAAAAGGCACAUGACAGCCCGCUUGGAGUUUGCCAAAAGGCACCUAAAGGACUCUCAGACCAUGAGAAACAACAUUCUCUGGUCUGAUGAAACCCAGAUUGAACUAUUUGGCCUGAAUGCCAAGUGUCACGUCUGGAGGAAACCUUGCACCAUCCCUAUGGUGAACCAUGGUGGUGGGAGCAUCAUGCUGGGUGGAUGUUUUUCAUCGGCAGGGCCUGGGAGACUAGUCAGGAUCAAGGGAAAGAUGAACGGAGCAAUGUACACAGAGAUCCUUGAUGAAAACCUGCUCCAGAGUGCUCAGGACCUCAGACUGGGGUGAAGGUUCACCUUCCAACAGGACAACAACCCUAAGCACACAGCCAAGACAACGCAGGAAUGGCUUCGGGACAAGUCUCUGAAUGUCCUUGAGUGGUUCAGCCAGAGCCUGGACUUGAACCCGAUCGAACAUCUCUGGAGAGACCUGAAAAUAGCUGUGCAACGACGCUCCCCAUCCAACAUGAAAGAGCUUGAGAGGAUCUGCAGAGAAGAAUGGGAGAAACUCCCCAAAUACAGGUGUGCCAAGCUUGUAGCUUCAUACCCAAGAAGACUAAAUGCUGUAAUCGCUGCCUAAAGUGCUUCAACAAAGUACUGAGUAAAGGGGCUGAAUACUUAUGUAAAUGUGAUAUUUCAGUUAUAUAUAUUUUUUAAUAAAUUUGCAAAAAUGUCUGUUUUUGUUUUGUCAUUAUGGGGUAUUGUGUGUAGAUUGAUGAGGGGAAAAAAACAAUUUAAUCAAUUUUAGAAUAAGGCUGUAACGUAACAAAAUGUGGAAAAAGUCAAGGGGUCUGAAUUCUUUCAGAAUGCACUGUAUAUCUAUGCUUCUAACCCAACAGGCUCCAAGGCCAUGGACUAUUCCAAUGGGCUGUUUGACUGCCAGUCGCCCACCUCGCCCUUCCUGGGUAGCCUGCGGGCGCUGCACCUGCUGGAGGACCUGCGGGCGGCGCUGGAGAUGAUGGACCAGGACGAGAGGGAGGGCCUCCGCUGCCAGGUCCCCGACACCACCGCCGAUGGCCUAGUGGAGUGGCUGCAGCAGGGACAGCUGGUAGGUAACUCCCUCUGUUCUCUUACUGUUGCAAAUGAAAACACUGAUAAUGUUAGUCAGUAUUUUUACUAUUGUGAAGGACAUUAAAGACAUGCUCCGGAACUAAGUAUUUUUUUAACCUCCCGCUAUGGGCUGGAUGUGUCAGUGUGUAGUUCAUACAUGCAUCAUUUAUGAGCAGAAUUACUGUCUUACCUAAAUUAGCCACAAAAUCCCUAUUUUGAAAGCGACUGUUUUUGGGGAAGCUGUGCUGCACCAUUUUCCCUACAUUUUCCCCAUCAUGGCCCAGCCCCCUAGCAAUUAGAGUUCAAGACAAUUUGCUUCAGCCCCUCGCGAUUUGAGUGACUGCUAUUAAGAUGCACACACAGCAGAGCGAGCGAGAGAGAAAUUAUGUGGUGCGUGAACUUUUGUCUCGUGAGUGCUACUUUCAGAACUACUGGCUAAAAAGUCUACAAAAGUACCGGAGAAUCUCUUUUUAAUGUCUGAGAUAUUCAGAAUUUGAGUGUAAUGAUGGAAAAUGUAUUGCUGACGAGUGUUCCACACAUUAAGAUAAAAGUACUUUUAGACUAGAUUCCUUUUGUGUGAUUGUCUGCUUUGUGUCUUCACACCCUUACCUUAUUUAUACCUUGACUCCUUUGAUUGUACAGCUAUUGUGUGAUGACAUGCUUUGUGAGUGAAGAAGUGUCUCUGGAGCGGUGUUUGCAAUGGUUUCCAUUCACAGUGAGGCUCAUGUUUUCCUCCCUCCUCAAGCCCUUUCUUUCCCUGUGUGAAAUAUGAGAAGAGGAGCUUAGUUUUUUAUUCAAUUUCCACUUUAGUCACACACGAAGCACUUGCAUGUGAGAACCCUAUCGACCCUCACGUGUCUCUCAAAUAACAUGCAUUUCACGUGUCACCGGACUCUUUUUCCCAGGGAAAAAUCAUGUGAUGCUAUGACACCUGAAUGCUGUAUGCUGGCCUUUGAGAUGGAGUGAUGCAUCAUCUUCCUUAUGACUGGAGGUUGCUCUAUUGCUAGGGUCAGGAGUCUUUUCCUGGUAUGGUGAUAGGGCGAUCAGCCUUCUGACGAUGGCCUUGGUUGUUUGUGAUUUCAGACCAACGGACAUGGCUCCGCCAUGAUCUACCAGGAACGACUGUCACGGGUGGAGAGCGAUAAGGAGUGUCUCGUCCUCCAGGUGUGUGUCUGAGUGAAAAACGCUGUGUCACGAGGCCAUGAAGAAGCAGAGACCAGUUUUAACAAAUAGGAAAUACGACCCCAUAUUUUGAAAAUGUGUACAUUAGCAAAUACAUUGGACAAGGGUGUUCUGUUGAAAGUGUAUUUGGUAGGUUGCUGUUGAAUUCAGUCGUUUUUUUAACCUAUUCAUGGUUUGAGUGAAAUGCAUGAAUCACAGAGCAUGCUCUUAGAUCCCAAACCUAUACCCUGAAAACAACACACAGAUGACAUGUGGUGUAUUAUUGAAUGACUGUCCCCAGGUGAGUGUUCUCUCAGACCAGGUGGAGGUGCAGGGGGAGAAGAUCAGGGAUCUGGACAUGUGUCUGGGGGAACACAGAGAGAAACUCAACGCCACUGAAGAAAUGUUGCAGCAGGUGAGCCCCAGCAGGGUUGCAGUGUAUUAUGGUUAUUAGCAUGGUGGUAUGUCUUAUUAUGAGACAGAACCUUGGGCUCAAGGUAUUGGUCAGCCUUUGAUCCAAAUUAUCUUUCUGAAUUAAUACUGAUUUAAUACACUUAAACACUUCACUCCUACUAGUUAGUGACUGAAUCUGUGACUGUGUGUCCUGUGCAGGAGCUGUUGAGCAGGUCGACCCUGGAGAGCCAGAAGCUGGAGCUGAUGACCGAGGUGUCCAGUCUGAAACUGAAGCUGACCACUGUGGCGAGAGAUCGCAGGGAUAGUGAGGUACACAGAUGCGUUAUGACAAUAGACUCACCCACACAGAGAUAUCAUGUCUUUGGUAGAUAUUUGGAGUUUCGUUCAACGGCAGGCAGACUUCUUAUAAUAUUAGGAUGUGAGUGCAUAUGAAUCUUGGCAGUCACCCAAACGUUUAAUAGUUCACACUGAGACCAUGCAGAGGUUCGUCUCAGUCGGUUGGAGUGGGCCCUGAUCCGUAAUGCAGAUCCUGACCUGGGUGGACUGGCGGGCAGGGAGAGUGCCAAAACACCCCCUGCUCCAGCAGCCGUUUCCUCUCAUAAAAUAAUUCCUCUCCCCUCUAGAGAAGCUGGGAGUUUGACAGUCAGGGUUUCCAUACACCCCAUCCAUGAGCACUGAGCAGGCCUGGGUUGGAGGAAUAUUGAGAGGAAUCAGGAUAUUGGAUCCUGAGUGUGGGUUUCCGACACUACUAUAACCUUUAGGGAGUGGUGUGUGUGUGGAAAGACAAUGUCUUCCAUAUAUAUUUAAUACUGCCUUUGUUUAAUGUUGGGCUUUGUUCGGCUGUAAAUCACACACCCCUGAGUCUGAUCCAUUUCUUCUUUCCUACCCACAGUGCUCUGCGGUUUUUACUCUUGUCUAAAUGUAUGUGUCGUGAAUCAUGUAGCACAUUCUUGUUUAAUGAUGAUGCAUAUUUCCUGAGUGCUCUAUCUAUACGGUAAUUGCGCCAAGGUGCAGGAGUAUGUAUUAUCCAUGACAUAAAAGCAGUUGUAAUGGUAAUUGACCAUGACGCUUCCUUCGACUCAAGGAUCUGUCUCCAUGUUGGGCUUCUCUGGCUCUCUGUUUCUCUCCUCUCUCUCUCUCUAAAUAGUAUUUGGUGCCUCCAUUGGGGAUUUUUCACUCUGCAAAAACAUCCCCCACAGUUUCCUCCAAGACUCUCAGCUGACCCCUUGGGCAUGUGGGUAAUGCAGUCUUUUACCUCCCCAGGGGUUGUACCAGGAAGUCAACGACCUGCGGUUCAGGGUGACCGAUAUGGAGAAUGAAAGACUGCAGUGUGAAAAUAAACUUAAAUCCACCAAAGUGAGUAGCAUGGCUAAAAAUCUGUCUGCAAUACGAAGGCUUUAGAUCAGUCCAUUCACAUUUGAUUGUGCAUGACAUUACUGUAUGGUCCACAGAUUAAGUUUGACUCACUCUACACCUUUUCUACAGCAUGUAGGUACUGAAUCUAUCGUUCCCUUGUGUGUUGGUUAUAUAUCCCUGCUUUCACUCUUAAUACCACUUCCUUCAGGGUUCAUACCUUUUGUCUCCUCUCUCACUCCUGCCUGGCUAACUUCUCCCCUGUAACAUGCUAACCUGUGCAGCCCUAGGAACGGAACAUGGGCAGGUUACGGUUCUCUGGAGGUGUGGUGCAGAAGUUAACACCCAGCGCUCUGCUCUUCCCUGUCUAUCCCUAUGGGCCUCUAAACCUUCCCUUUUGUCCAUUGACCCUAUCCACUUUGCCAGCUUUCACCACGCUUCCACUUUGACUGUAAGUUUUCCUACCAGCUAAGUAUAAGUUGCAGAUUUCUUAACACACUAGUUCUUCUUCACUUCCUGCCAUGAUCCACUUAAUUGUAUGUUAACUGUACAUUGAUGAGAAAAUGUCUUAAACCUUUGGCUAAGUAAGCUGCUAAACUAAUGGAUGGAUCUGAUCGGUCAUGGAUUAACAUCCCAAUGGAGCUGUUCUUUCUCAGUGGAAUGUGAAACUGACAACAUGUUUACAGUGUGUUUGUGUAUGGUUCUCUGGUAAAGACACUUAUUCUUUUACAUUUUUAGACAUUUAGCAGACGCUCUUAUCCAGAGCGACUCACAGUUAGUGAGUGCAUACAUUUGUCAUACUGGCCCCCCGUGGGAAUCGAACCCACAACCCUAGUGUUGCAAGCGCCAUGCUCUACCAACUGAGCUACAGGAGGGCUACACCAGUCCUCUGGUAGAAUGUAGCCUCACUCUAAUCCUGUUUUGGGUCAUGCACUCACUUGCCCUACAUCACAGUUAGUUAGUUAUCAGACUGGGUUUUAACUUUGAGUUUGGUCAGACUCUGUUGUCUAGCUGUGUUCUUAUCUAGAUCUUGGCCUGUAUUCAUAAAGUGUCUCUUACUAAGAGUGCUUCUCUGGUAUGAAUGGACAGGGGGGAUCUGAUCCUAGAUCAGUGCCCCUAAGGGGUAUACUACAAUGUAGGUUCAAUGGGUCAGCCAGCUAACUUUAAUAAACAACCAGAAAUAAGUAUUGAUUUUCUGGUUCAUUAAGAAAGCUAAACUUCGAUAUGUGUUUUUGGUUAUUGAGUCAAUUAUGCCAUGCCCAUUUUCAAGCUUCUCUCUAAAAAAAUAUAACGUUAUUUCAGAAUAUUUAGGCAAAUUCGCUCAUUGAUUCUGCUUUGUCGUGUACCCCUCUACUCUGAGACACUUUCAGAAUAUGGGCCUAGAUGUGUAUCUGUAGUUUAAUGAGGUCAGAAUGGUCCUCUCCCAUUCAGGAGGAACUGCAGACCCUUCAGAGGCAGCUGGAGGAGAGAGGGGAGGAGCUGAGGAGGCUAAAAGACCAGGCUACACUGGGAGUCCUGACCCCAGACAGAACAGAUGGAGGGGAGAAAGGUGGGAGUACUGUUACUAGACAUGGGGGAGGGAGGGGGACCUCGCCUCACCCCCAUACACACCAGGAGCCAUAAUAUUUCAAUAGGCUUAACUUGCACCUUGACAGAUAUACGGCAAAAAUAUGUUCCAGCAUUCCUUUUCCUAAUUCGUCUGCAGUUACUUCUGCCCUUAAGUCCCCUUAAGUAAUGAUGAGUACCAUCAAGACAUGGCCUGAGCAUUGGAGUUUCCCCCUGAAAUACAGUUUUCUAAGCAUCCUGUCUCAGUCUCACACAGACUGAGGGGAAAAAAGGGGGGUUUUGUACUUCCAACCUUACUGUCCUCUUAUCUGUCUGCAGGGCUCAUACCACACAUGUUUAGACAUGAUCUCUGACUCUUUCAACCCACAGCUGAGUCUCUUAUCACCCAUUUACUAUAAAGGAAUGCAAUUUAUGUAGGGUGCAAUUUAUUCACUUCAAGAAUGUAUUGUGCUUGAACAUGCCCCAUAUACUGCAAGGUAAUUGUCUAUUCGAUUAAAAUUCCUGUUGCUUAAGUGAACUUGACUUGAAUGUAGGUAUUUAUAAACUCCAUCAGUGUGGACAGACACCAGUAGACACCAGACAGUGUGUCUGUCUGAUCACUGUGGGGGCACACUUGUUGUUUUCCAGAUGUGGAUGUGCUGAGGAUGAAGAGGGCCAUGGAGUCCCUGAUGUCAGCCAACAAUGACAAGGUACUGGAGCUGCUGUCUUUACUGUUUCAUAGAGGCUGCAGUAGUCCUCUGUAGCUCAAUUGGUAGAGCAUGGCGCUUGUAAUGCCAGGGUAGUGGGUUCGAUCCCCGGGAACCACCCAUACGUAAAAAUGUAUGCACACAUGACUGUAAGUCGCUUUGGAUAAAAGUGUCUGCUAAAUGGCUUAUUAUUAUUAUUAUUAUUAGUUGACGCAUGGGGAUCUCAAUGGCUUUUUCUAACUCUGAUCUACCAUCCUUCACCCACAGGACCGGAGGAUCAAGGAGCUUCAGGAGUCUAUCACACGGUACAAGAAAGUCCAGGACUUGGUGAAAGGUGAAACUAUGUUCAAGGAGUAUGAAAGUGUUUUAUUGGUAUCAUUGCAAUAGUCCAUUAAUUCUCUAUUUAUCGGACUAGAUCAAUCACAUGUUUGAGAGUGUAGAAUAAUGGACUUGAUAAUUGUGUAACAAUUAUAAAUGUCCCCCCUUCCCCCCAGACACACUGAAUGAAGACGAUUACUAUGACAUCCAGGAUGACAGAUCCCGCUCCAUUCAGGUCACCAUGGAUACAGACCGGGCCACCCUGGCGGUUGGGGAGGAGACAGGAAGGAGCUGGGACGAGGUAAAGACCUCCCCUGUCAUAACAAUGUAUCACACACAGGAUGGACCCGAGACUCUAGACUUCCUUACCAAAACUUCAUGUUGGGCCUUUCAUAGGAAUGUGCAAGUCAACAGGCUUGGGGUAUUGGCUUAGCUGGACAGCAGCUACCUAACCAAUGAAACUGUCGACUGUGCUUUGCGACAUUGACGACUCAUUCAUUUAGAGAUGUUGACUCUUGUCUUUCUUUCUCUUUUCCCAGAUUCCAUCUAUUGCAGUGUUUUCAGAGCUGGAACAGGAGAGACCGAUACAGGCGCCAGACACAGACGGGUAAAGUUUUCCUUUCCCUGCACAAACUACACUCCCAUGGACUAUUUGCACUUUAGGUCACUGUUUUUAGUUUAUUUGUCUGAAUGUUCAUCAUCUCUAGGUCUAAGCUGAGGGUUAACUUUCCCUUCUCUUUGCAGUCCACCAGAAGUCCCACCACAUUCAGCAGGUAGCCUGGGUCACACAAACAGCAACACCGAGCAGGUAAGACCGUCCCCUCUCUCCUAGGGGGAUGGGGAGUGGUGGGUUAACUGGAAAGACCUUGAAUUGCUGCAAUCAUGGCAGAGUUUAUAUACGAUAAGAUUUUUUUAUUGUCACAUACACCGGAUAGGUGCAGUGAAAUGUGUUGUUUUACAGGGUCAGCCAUAGUAGUACAGCACCCUUUGAACAAAUUAGGGUUAAGUGCCUUGCUCAAAGGCACAUCGACAGAUUUUUCACCUUGUCGGCUCGGGUAUUCGAACCAGCAACCUUUCGGUUACUGACCCAUUGCUCUAGCCUGACUAAGUUUUAAAUCACAUAUUUUGACAGUGCAAAAGGGGCCAAUUACCUACCCCCCCUAGUUUUGUCACCCAAACUAGAAUACUAGAGCCUCUUAUCUUUGACCUUUUGACCUCUCAACGUGGGAGAGUCUCAAAGGCACUAUGGGAUGUGUCUCCCAAAUGGGCAAGUCAUGCAGAAGGCAUGGUUCUAGCUCUUAUCGCCCCCACACGGAGGACGGAGUCACUGAGCCCCACUGUGACGGCUGACUGGACUCCGGACUGUUUGUCCGGAUGAUACAGAAUCAUAAUAGGAUUCCUGAGCAAUGGUUGUUUUGACAGUCAUGUUACUCCACUGCCACCUGGUGGUAGAACAAUAUAACUACAAUGGAGCUGGUUCUAUUGGGAGAUUGACUUUGUUUACUGGCAUGCCAAAUAUUUCAUUAGGUUUUAUGUGCUCAUAAACCCCCACACACAAAUUUCUAGACCUCGAUUGAGGAGCCCAGCCCCCCAUCCACCUCCCCAUCAAACCCCACCAGUAAUGAAAGCUUUGGGACCAAGAAGGCCCGCUCCUCCUUUGGACGUGGUUUCUUCAAGAUGCGUGGAGGCAAGAGGACGUCCAGUGCCCCAAAUCUGGGUGAGUCUCAUCAUUGGGGGGCAGGAAGGGUACGGGGAAGAAGGGUGCACGUGCCUCUGCACGGGGUGGUGUGAACAAGGGCUGUGAAAAUAUAUAUAUUACUCUCUGUUCAUGAUAUAAGAAAAACCAUUCACAGUUCCAUACCUUAAUGUGUGUUUUCUUAUUUCUGUCUGUCGUCUGGUAGUAUCUACACUAGUGACUAUGUUCUGUCCUUGCUCUCUCUAUCCUCCAUGGUUCUAUGUGAUGUGAAGAUCGCAGCCGGAGUGUGAGUGCGCCUACACUGGGUACAGUACAGUAGUCUACAGUGCAGAGCCCCACAGACGGGCCAGGCCUGCAGUAUGGCAGAUCAGGAUGACCGCUGGAUGUGUGCAGGGAUACUAACACAACAAUGUGAUCACCAUCUACCAUACAACCAGACCCAUCGUAGACUAAAUAAAGAGGCAGUGUGUUUUUCUGAGCGCUCUUGAGGCUGAUUGGGUCAUAGAUGGUAAAUGGUUACGUUGUUGUUUGAAGAAUCCCUAGAUAUGCCUCUACCUCCAUCUUUCCUACUCUUAAUUCUUCACUUGUAUCAAGCAAGUGAAAGUUUUUAGUUGAUCGCUGGUGUGAGCUCGGUGGUUUUUAGUGUGUGAUUUCUUUCCCCUUUGAAAUCAUAUCCAGUUGUUCCUUAUCCAUGACGUGACACCAUCUGCAAUGAUGCCGCGUAACUCUGCUAGCUGUCCUUCAAGAUGUGCCUCUGAGAUUUGUCUUUUACAGUUGGAAGUCUAUGAAUUUGCAUCAGCAGUUCAUGCCAACCAGUCCUUUGCAUGUGCAGAUUGAGUUGUGGUGCUUUUCAGUGGUUCUUGGCGUAGUCCUAGUGGUGGUGGUGUGUAGUGGAAGAUGUAGUCCAGAAGUGCUUGUGGUGGCCAUUGCAGCUGUAGUCCUUGGGUAGUGUUGGCCUCCGGCGUUUUCUAAGUGGUGGUGGAUUGUGUCAGAUGUUGGCUGUUGAUCUAACAGAUGUGUGUUUGAAUCCAGCUGAGGCCGAGCGUAAGGGCACAGACCACUUGGACUUGGCUGGUGCCCCACCACACAAACCUCAGGGAGGAGACAACAGCCAGACCCUUCCUUCCUCACCAGAGGCCAAGAAGAAGUCCAGAGGCUUUAAGAAGUUCUUAGGCAGGUGGGUCAAAAUGUUCUCUAUCCCCUGAGUUUAGAAGGAGGUAAGGAGAUGCUAUGCAAAUAAUUGGGGAAAGCUGAAUUAAGAUGGAGCCAGGGUUUUUAAAUGAAACUAUGGCUUUAUUAACUGUAACAUGAGGACAGAGGGUUUGCUGUAACAUGAGGACAGAGUAUGGCAGGAUAUUUAGGUGUAGUGUUCUGACCCCUCUAGGCUGAAGAGAAGUCACUCCACCUCGCUAGACCUGGAGGAGACAGAGACUGAGUUCAGGAGGGGAGGAGUCAGAGCCACGGCCGGCCCCCGACUGGGCUGGUCACGUGACCUGCAGCACAGUGUUGAGUAUGUGAAGCUCACCUCUUGCUAGACUGUGUCUCUGUGUGUGUAUCUGUCUGUGAGCUAGAUAUGUAGAGGAAUAGAUCAGAAGAUAAUUGGAACUAAGUCUACAGUAUCACAGUUUUAGAAUAUUAGGAUGUUGUGGUGUCAGAGGAGUAAAUGGCAAUGAAUUAUGGAGUGCAGUGUAGUGUUUACCCUCCACGUUUAAGGUGAGUGUGCUCGCUCUCUCUCCCCUCAGUGAUGUGGCCGCUCCCUUUGCACAGUGGAGUAAGGAGCAGGUGUGUGUGUGGCUGCAGGAGCAGUGCCUGGGGCUGCACGUGGCUCAAGCCCAGCAGUGGAUCCGCUCAGGGCACACCUUGCUGCAGGCCUCGCAGCACGACCUGGAGAAGGUAGGACACCUCAGUGGACCAUCCAGGAGGCGUUUCCUGGGACCAUCAUGCAUGCUGUGUUUAGAUUCUAUGUCGCUAGACAUUUUAAUGAAACCCCAAUGUUAAAGCUUAUAGUUGGUUAAUGUUCAAUUUGCUACCUGUGUCCUGACAAACAUCUAUUUUCUCUAGCGCUCUCUUCUUAACUGUACAGUAUGUGAGAUGUCUUAAACAACUCAUACAUGUUUAUGUGGCAACAGGAGUUGGGGAUCAAACACCCCCUACACAGGAAGAAGCUGCAGCUGGCUCUCCAGGCACUGGGAUCAGACGAGGACUGCGGCAAGUCCAAACUGGACCACAAUUGGGUGACCAGUGAGUGACCACUGACCACCGCCUCGGAGUUAUCAAUGAAGCCUUAACAACGAAAAAUGGAAUAACCUUUCUGUUUUGUGACUUGUGAUUGACUUGUUUUGGUGUUUCUCAGGAUGGCUGGAUGACAUUGGUCUGCCCCAGUAUAAGAGCCAGUUUGAAGAGGGGAGGGUCGAUGGGCGAAUGCUACACUACAUGACUGUGGUGAGUUUCAAAUUGCAAUAGUCAGUCUAACAUGGCUAAAAUCAUUUAGAAUCAGUGUCAGGGGGGAUGAAUAAAGUCGAUUUAAAUUUAAAAAAUCCUUGCUUUUGUGUGAUCAUAUGUUGUAGGUCUAGUGUACUUUAUUUCUAAUUGAUUGACAGUAGUCAUUCUCCUGACUGAGAAGUGUAUGUGUUUGUCCUCUUCAGGAUGACCUGCUGUCUCUAAAGGUGGGCAGUGUUCUCCACCACCUCAGCAUCAAGAGAGCCAUCCAGGUCCUCCGGCUCAACUUCUACGAGCCCAACUGCCUCCGCCGACGACCCUCUGACGAGGUACGGUUUAGAGACAACUAAAUAAAUAAAGUCUCUCUCUCUCAUUCUUUCCCUGUGCUUUCAUAUCCACCAUACACAUGAUCUCUCACUUCACCAGUUCAGUUACAUUUCAGUGGUGUUAUUUGUAUAGGGAAAAGAGACACUUUUCUGUUUUUUAAGCUGGUGUUAAUAAAAACUAUCUCGGCAGAACAACAUCACGCCAGCGGAGAUCUCCCAGUGGACCAAUCACAGAGUGAUGGAGUGGCUGAGAUCAGUGGACCUGGCUGAGUACGCUCCUAACCUGAGGGGCAGUGGUGUGCACGGGGGGGUCAUGGUGAGAGGGAAAAGUCUUACGUUUGAAUUGGCUUGCCACUGACUAAUUUCAGGAACACAUGCCUUCAUCAGCAUAUACAUACAUUGACUGCCUUUUUUGCCUGUGUCUGUCUCUUCAUUUCCAUCUCUCCUUGUCUCAGGUGCUGGAGCCUCGCUUCAACGUGGAGUCCCUGGCCCUUCUGCUCAACAUCCCUCCCAACAAGACCCUGCUGCGCCGCCACCUGGCCACCCACUUCCACCUGCUCAUCGGCUCUGCGGCCCAGCGCAGCAAACAGGAGUGUCUGGAGAACCCUGACUACACCCUGCUCACUGCCACCGCCAAGGUCAAGGUAGGGUCAACACACAGCUGGUAAGGCAUCAUCUUGUUGUUAGACAUACAGAGCUUUGGGGAUCAGUGUUUAUUGAUCUGAUCAGUGUCCUUGGCUGUGUCUCACUACUCGAAGUUGGCCUCGUGACCACUUAUGUGUGAAUGGACUGGAUAGGUUUUUGCCAUAUUGCUUUCGCCUGUCCUGUCAGAUCAGAUCAGAUCAGUGGUCAGCAGGAAAAGGAGGCGAGGACAGACUGCUUUUUAACACUAUCGGCACACAGCUGUUUGUCCCCAUUUGACUGACUCUCUCCCAUCAUCCUUUCUCCUCCUCCAGCCAAGAAGGCUGUCGUUCGGUGGCUUCGGGACGCUGCGUAAGAAGCGCCAGGAGGACAGCGAGGAGUACGUGUGCCCCAUGGACGUGGAGAUUCCCAAGAACAGCAGCUUCCAGGGGGGCCUGAGGAUCUACGAGGACGACCUGGACCAGUUGGAGCAGGUAGGGGACUGCCAUUAACCCCUUCAACUUCAGGGAAUGUGUUACCUAUAUGGAUAUAGGUAGUGGUUAUGUGUGUUUUCGUAGCCCCUUCCACUGAGGCACUAACUUUUUAAAAAGUAUUACUGAUCAUACUUUAAGUGAGGUUAGAUCACUCCAAUGAACAGAUGAGAGGGUGGAAUGUGGUACCGCGAGGAUAGCGUUUUAAUGUUGACUUUUCAUUUUCCAUGUGAAGUGCUCUUGAACACUGUCUGUAUUUCUAGAUGGAAGACUCGGAAGGGACUGUGAGGCAGAUAGGAGCAUUUUCUGAGGAAAUCGACAACCUGACAGUAAGAAGUCAUUAAAAUGCUCACAUGAUCACACAUCGAAUCACUUGACAAGAGUCUCUCAGCGAGCUGUGCACUAGCAAAACAACCAUGGCUCUCUUCUGGCACUGUUAUUGACCACCUCGUUCUCCUGUGUGUUGUGUUUUCUCCUGCGUGUUUCAGAGCAUGCUGAAGGAGGUUGAGUUCUUCAGCGAG